AGUUUACCAAUUUAAAUCUUAUUAUAAGUUCAUUGCAUUAAGUUCAUGAAGAAUUCUAAAGUAACAAAUUACACGUUGGACCUAUUUUAAAAACUAAUUCAUACAAAUUCCGGUUCUUCAAUUUAUUUAAGCACGGAAAAACUAUAGACUUUGUAAAUGAUUCGUUGGUCCCAAUAAAAUUUGUGUCUGUCUAAUGAAGUGCAACCUGAAGGGGAAAUCAGAUCAAGUGCUAGGAGCUUGACUUAUGUUUGUCUUAACUGCUUAAACUGGUUGUAAGUUGGUAUUGUAUUUGUGAAUUUAGUGCUUAAUGUAAAGAUUGGACCACUCAAGUUCACUUUUUCUUUUCGUGGGUUAAACCACUGUUAAGCUUAAUCGAGAGUGAUUUAAUUGUGGUUUACUUUUACUUUACUUUUCUGACCUGUAAGCCAGUGGUCACAGAUUCAUUCCGUUCCUUGCGUGGUUUGAGGUGCAAUUGUUGAGCAAGUAACGUACAAAAUUGCAAGAUGAAAUUGUAGAGAUACACGAAAAAAUAGUUAAUUACUCUAUAAUAAAGUUUAGCUUAGUAAAAAUGAGAUAUUUGUGGAAUCUCAAUCUGUUUAAGAAUGGUGGAGUUAUAUUGUUUGUGCUCUUAAUUUGGGUCAAUGUGUCGGCAGCAAGUUUUCCACAAAAAAUUACACCUUCAUCCCUGGAACAGCCUGGAAUGCGGCAACUUUUACAGCUUGUUAUUCAGGACAAGGAAUUGAGUAAACCGGAAUCUCUGAAAUCAAAAUCAUCCAUUCAAAAAAGCAGAAAAACUGUAGAACAUCAUUUUACAGAAUCAAAGAAAUUAAAAUCUGAAAAUCUGAAAUCAUCACUUUUUCGAACGGAUAUUUUACGUCAAGAAUUAUCCAAAGAAUCUCAAGAAAACUGCUUGGCGAAACUUUUAUGCGGUCCUGGUCAUGUAAUCCCACCACCACAAAGGCAAAACGCAUCAGUUCUCAGCGAUUAUGCUCUGCUGGUCAAAGAAUUUCUGGAUAUAUUUUCUGACGAUCCUAUUGAUGAUAAACCAAAACCAAAACCUGAAAAAACAGACAACAAAGCCAACGAUGAAGGCGAUAGUGAAGAAGACGAUGCGAAUGACGACGACGAUGAUGGUGCUCGUUCUGGAGAAAAAUUUGUAAAUAUUACCGGAAGUAUAGUUUCCGAUUCUGAUGAUGAAUUAAUUACAACAACAAGCAGUACUUCUACCGUUACAUCGAUCACGACUGGUGCCACCAUCACAGAUUUGCAUACGCCGACUAGUUCUACCCUCAAAUUAGUCAAUGAAUAUGAAGAUGAUCCCGACAAUAUUCAAAAGAUCACGCUGGAAGAAGUUAUCAGUGAUGAUGCAAAAUCGGCGAGAAAAUCGAGGAAAAUUAAAACCCCUCAUCAAUUGGUGUUUGGAAAACCAAAGCUAUCGAAAUAUAUCAAUAGAAAAAUUAGACAAAUGAAAUUUGCCACACUGCCCACCGAGAAGUUAAGAAUAGCCGGAAAAAUCGCAACCAAGCUUCGUCAACCAAGACAAUGCAGAGAAUUCCAAUCUGUCGCGUCAGAAAUAUUGACCACAUGUCCCCUCACGGCAGAAGUUGUACGAUAUUUCAACUCUAAUUUGAAAAAUGGGUCGCAAAUUGCGCUGCUAAAACAAACAUACAAUUCGAGUCAAGGAGGUCUCGUUGUUCUUAACGAUCGUGGCGGUGUUCCUCACCCAUACUUUUUAGACAAUAGUCCCAUCGUUGCUAACACUUAUAUUAACACUGAUCUGAAAAAUCCUUCCGUUGGAGAGCGAUAUCCAUUGGAGGAUAUCCAACAUCCAAUUUAUGAAAAUGCAUUCCCAUCCAAAUUCAAUUACAACUCUGUGUCACUGACUGAGAAGAAGAAAACUAAGAAAAGCGAAAAAUCGAAGGAGGACGAUGAGGAGAGUGAUGAAGAGAGAGAUGACGAGGAGGAGGAAGAAGGGGACGAAGAUGAUGAACAAAACGAUGACAAUGAAAUAGAAAAUGAUGACGAUGACGAAGAAUAUGAACGGCACGAGAAAAUAAGUCGAUACAGGACAAGAGUUAAACCCACAAAGAACACAAAAAUAAUAACUAAAACCGCACCAACACCCGCACCAAAAUCAGAUUUGCCCAAGGGAAUCAUAAAAGUUUAUGGGGUAGCUCAGCCAAGUAUUGACAAUGAAUUUUCAAAAAUAUCCAAUCAACUGGGAACCGGAGCUAUUCAUUUGUUCGAUCAGGAUGAUUUGGACGAUUAUUUGCCCCAUCCUGGACCAGCUACACCCAUCCAACAACAAGACGUAGUUUCAUCGGAUAAGUACACCAUUUCUAAAAAACCUAGCAAAAAAGUUGUCGUACUUGAUUCGGACGAGGAGGAUGAGAAUGAGGAGGAAGAGGAAGACGACCUUCCAAGUAAAAGAAGUCCGCCAUUUAUCAAGAGAGAAAAUACUAGACCGCACCCCCAACGCUUAAAUCCUGCAUACAGACGACCCCAUAACUUUGCCACAACGCCGAGUUAUGGAGCAUUUCCGGCACCACGACCAGAGGAAUAUUACCACAAUGGGAAACCCUUAAGACCAAGGCCAAGACCUCCAACGCCAUACAAAAUCCCAAUGACUUACAGACAGAAUUUUCGCCCUAGACCACAAUUUCCUCAAAAUAAUAAUUUUCGUUAUAAUAGAUUUGGUUAAGAAUAGUAUGUUUUAACGAAAGCCAUAAUAAUUUGAUGAGUCGUGUUAAACUAAGCCGAUUGAUUUGAAAAUCGAGUGGGGUGAUAUUCAAUAUGGUCGGAUCAGAGCAGGUUGCGAAAUUUGAUAUUUUGGUACAAUUUUUGUUAGCAGUGUGACCUAUGUAUUUAUCAGGAAAAAAUGCAGAAAUUUAACGUAUGAAAUAUUUACAUAAGCUCAUUUUUUAUAAUUUUAUACUUUUUGUUAUUUAUUUAUUUAUGGAUUUUAUUAUCACGUUUGUGUUCUACAAAUAUUAGUGAGAAGGCUGUUCAAUCAUAAUAAAUGAAAAUCCGUUUACCUGUAAAGA